AUGGAAACUCAAAAUAACCCCAUAUUUUACACCCACCACGCUCAACUGCCGUCUUCCGCCUUAGGUGAUAUAAACUUCAACCCUCACAACGAUAGCCAUGAACUGGAACAAGUUUUCAUUAACACCGAUAUCACUACCACCAUCUCUAAAGAACACAUGUUUCAAAAAACCCUAACUCCAAGUGAUGUCGGAAAACUCAACCGUCUUGUCAUUCCCAAACACCAUGCCGAGAAAUACUUCCCGUUCGGAGGUGGUGGUGACGCCACUAACCAACGGAAAGGUUUGGUACUGAGUUUUGAGGACGAGUCUGGGAAGCUAUGGCGAUUCCAGUACUCUUACUGGAAAAGUAGUCAAAGCUACGUGUUGACCAAAGGUUGGAACGGGUACGUCAAGGAGAAUCACUUGGAUGCCGGCGACCUCGUUUUGUUCGAGCGACAUAGAUUGGAUUGUCAAAGGAUGUUUAUAGGAUGGAAACGACUGUCUGCAGCUGCGGCACCAAUUAUUGAUAGAAUGGCGGCGGCGGUGGCUCAGCCGGUUAAUGGCGGUGCUCAGAUUAAUAGGUGGAGCAACAUGGCGGGGUUCCAUCAUGCGCAGUCUCAUUAUCCUUCACACCAUCCGCCUAUAUCUAUUCCUCUACGAUACCAACCCGAUUGUCUUCAUGCAGGAAUGGUAGCAACAAGACGAUUGCGAUUGUUUGGGGUGAACCUUGAGUGCUCAAAUAAUUACGAGCCACAAUCCCCAGUUAAUUCGAGCCACGGUGGUGAAUAG